CGCCGAUGAUCGCAUCGCGCGUUGAGUUCAAUACCUAACAGCCACCCGAAACAGGCAACUUAACCGCGACUUUUUGAUGGCCUCAGGAUUCGAGACGAGCAAUCGACAUCCGAGAAGCAUUUUGUGAUAUGAGGCAGAAGAGUUGUCAGUGUAUAACAGGAACAACGAAAUCUGGGUUGACACUGUUGUCGGUCAACGCCAUUGCACACGGCAGGUGCUGGAUUUGGUUCGGUUCAGAACACGGCGAUCUGAGAUAGGACCACAUACGAUUAUCGGACCUGGACACCACGCUUGACGAGAUCUGGUCAGCAACCGAGGGAUCAUCAAGCCAUGGCUACCACCACAGAGGUGGACGAAUCCAAAACGGACCUUUCGCAAUGGACCGACGACCAAGAAUCAGCACUACUCCAAGCUAUCGUCCGCUGGAAACCAGUGGGCCUCCACAAACACUUCCGCAUGAUCGCAAUCAGAGAACAUCUACUUGCUCAAGGUAUCAUCGGGCCGGAUGAUCCUCGCACGACAUCCACAGAGAUAUGGAAGAAACUCGAAUCACUAUACGACCUAGCCAAGCUAGACGAGCGAGAAGAUUCAAUCAUUGACGCCGGGGACGACACUUUCCGAGACUUUGAGCUUCCGCGCGAAGACUUUGAGGAACUGAUGUGGCAGAAACGCCUGGCACCAGAUGGCACGCAAAGUCCAGACUGGUCUAGGAGAGAAAGCACGGUGGCAGACACGGAUGAGCCCCGGUCGUCGCCUGUCCCAGGAUCGGUCAAAUCGAGCAGACCAGGCAGAGUCUCUAGGCGCAGCGGCCGAGUUUCGCAACUUCAGAACGAGGUCGAGACGGAGUCUAAAGGCAGUAGGAGGACAAGUAAGGCGAAUAGUGUGGCGGAGGUGGACGAGGAUCAAGUCAUGGAAGAUGCGGGCGAGGAAGACCACGAUGACGCAGCAGAUGAGCACGAAAACCGGGAGACGGAAGAGGAAGAAGAGAGUGAUGAGCAGCCCGAGGAAGAGGAAGAGGAAGAAAAGAAGACACCAUCCGCGAGGGGUGGUCGGGGAGGACGGAGGGGCAGAGGAAGAAGAGGACGCCGGAAAUAAAUUGGUAUUGCUCAUCUAGGC